GGCGGGUCUCCUUUCUCUCUCGGAUGUGGAUCAGAUGAUCCGGGCUGCAGCGGACUGAUCUGCAGUCAAACAUGGAGGUGAGCGAGGCUCUCUGUCAGCAGGAUCGGCUGCAGCUCCUCACAGAGAAGAGGAAGAGACUGACUGAGAUCGAGAACAAGAAACGACAACUGGAGGAUGACAGGAGGGCGCUGCAACACCUGAAGUCGAAGGCUCUAAGGGAGCGCUGGCUGUUGGAUGGAGCGCCCCCCGGUGGACCAGAACAGGACGAUGUCAAGAGACAGCUGGAGGAGGAUGAGGCCAAAACCAGGACCCUGGAGGACACCAUCAACAGGCUGGAGAAAGAACUCAUCAGCCUGGAAACUGGAGAGAUUCAUCAGACUGUAACACACACUAUUGUGAGCCCAGGACCAGUUGUAGAGGUCAAAGGUCACAGCGGCGACAGUCAGCAGGACCAAACUGUCCUGAUUUCAAGACAGGAAGUCAAAGUCGUCCAUGAGAUGAACGGCGAGGACGGCGUCCAGAUGCUUAGCUCCUCUGAGGUCGAAGAGCUCAUUCACAAAGCCGAUGAGGCCUCAAUGAUGUCACAGACUGUCGCCACGGUGACCUCUCUGCCCAUGGAGGAAGUCCAGGAGGAGGCGGGUCCUGAGGCGGCGAGGCCUCGGCCCUCAGUAACGGUAACAGUCCCUGCGGAGAUCACAGGUCUGGAGACCAAAGCUGGCGGCCAGCUGAGCAUGGCAGAGGCCAGCGCCGAGAACCCGGUGACCAUGGUGUUCAUGGGAUACCAGAACGUGGAGGACGAGGAUGAGACCAAGAGGGUCCUGGGUCUGCAGGGCACGGUGAAGGCGGAGCUAGUGCUCAUCGAAGACGCCAACGGGAAAACUCCACCCAGUGAAGGGAGGGAGGAGUCCAGCGCUCCAACUAAAGCCGCUCCGCUUCCUUCUGCCUCCACUGCCCCUCCUCCCUCCGACUCUAAAGCCCCGCCUCCUUACUCCAAACCUGCGGAGGCGACCGCCGCGGCGAGUAAUGGGGAGACGGCGGGGGAGGCAGGGGAGGUGAAGGGAGGAGCCGUGCAGAUAAAGAAGGAGAAGCAGCCGUGUAAGUGCUGCAGCAUCAUGUGAGCCUGCAGGGGGUGCUGCCUUAAUAUAACGUAUGAUAAUCUACAAUAAAAAAGGACAAAACUACAGGAAGUAAAUCCACCCACUGCCCUUAGCCCCGCCUCUAUUAACAUGGCAUCAUUUCCUGUUUUCAUCCUGCUGUUUUAUAAAACAUUUCUUUUAUAUUUUAUCGAGGCCUUUUUACUUUUCUACUCCUCGUGCUUCCACUAACACUAGCUUUAGCUUUAGCAUUAGCUUUAGCAUUAGCCAUGCAGUCCUGUAACAUUAACUCUGUGUCUCUUUAGAACACAAACCAUGAAUUAAUGUAAAGUUUUAUUUAUUUCACUCUCUGAUUCUGUUUGUGAGGGAAACUUUUCAGCUUUUUAACAGAAAAUAAAAUCCACCCUGACCCAGAGAUCAACAUGACAAACGCUUUUUGGUUUUUGUUUGCUGAUAAAUGUCACUGAAUGCUGUCACUGUCCCGCCAUUACACCCUAAACCCCCCACAGCCUCCUGCAGCUGAGAGCUGAGUUCACUGCUUAACCCCGUCACACAUCUUCAGUUAUAGAUCCAAGGGCGUUUUCACAUCAGGUACAGUCGUUCCAUGAUUCCCCCUCCCCUCAUCCCUGCUGCCUGCUCUCACUUUAGAAACAUCAUUCUGUACCUGGGCACACCUGAGUUUACACAGUCUCAGACCGGUGCUGAUGUGUGUGUAUGGAAGGAAGAAGAAGGGCAUCCACUCAUACUGACGUUCAUUUAUGCAGCUACAGUCCCUGAA